AUGGCGGACUACUCCGACGAGGAGGACCUCGACUUCCCCGUCCCGAAAACCCCCGCGCCGGACGCCGCGACGAUCGUGGAGGUCCCCCCGCGCGGGGACGUCGUCGAGCACGCGUUCGCGUGCGAAGCCCCCGGCGCGACGAUACGCGUCCAGAUCGUUCUCCUCGGCGACGCGCAGCUGUACGUCUGGAUCGGCGAGGGCGUCGGCGACGCGGCGCGCGGCGCGAUGAACGAGCUCGGGAUGGCGAUCGAGACGCGGAUGUCGUCGACGCCCAUUGCGACGACGCUGUUCAACGCGGGAGGAGGGGGGGGAGGUGGCGGUGGGGGGGCGAUGACGAUGACGGACUCGCUGUCGAACGCGCUGGCGGUUCGGCUGGCGAAGCGCACGGGACGAUGCGUCGUCGCGAGCGUGAACCUCCCCGCGGACAUGCAGCUUCUGCAGGUGUUCGCGGAGCGGAAGGUGAUCGAGAAGCUCAAGGAGUUGGGGAUGUGAGCGACGCCGAGACGAGACGAGACGUGGGCUAGUCGUCGAGGAGGGUAACGUGAGGUAGUAUGCUCAUCAGAGGUCACCCGCGCCGCGUCGCCGGCGCU